GAUUUUCUCUAUGGGCUUUGGUGUGGGAGAGUGUUUUCCUUGUGUCCACUGGUUGUCAAAAAAGAAUCUUUUUGUCGUAUAGUAACUAACUAUAGUAGCUAUAGUUAGAAUUUUAUCGGGCGUGAAACCACGACGCUUAAAUAAAACCAGUCAUGUGACAUUUCUGCCUUCAAAUGGAGAAAUUGGGGAAUGUUCCUCUUUUUUUUUCUUUCUGAUGAAACCACGGAGGCGACGCUGAGCUCAUCGUUCGUAAUCGUUUCCGUGAAGGAGAAGUCGAGUUGACACGGGUUCUGACUUCCGCCGCAGGCCGCGCCGCUCCAUGAACGCCGCCGAGGAAAGCUGCUUUUCCCGGCGCCGGGAACGUCCAGAAUUCCCGCCACACACUCUGGAGUCCCGGAUCUGGGGGGAGAGGGGGAUGGGAGGUGGGGUUAUGGCGUUGGCACCAGGCUUGGAGCUGAUGUGUGACGAGUGGGAGACCCCUCACCCGCUUCUAUGAAGUUUGGUGAUUUUAAAGGAAACCACAGUUCACACCUCGAUCAUCUCUGCUUCACACCUUCUCUCUCUCUCCCCUCUCUCUGUGUGUGUCUAUGUCUCUCUGCCGCUUUGCCUCACUUGCCCUCUGAGAUAUAAAUGAAAGCUUCAAACACUUAUGAGACAACCCCUGUGAAAGAGACACUCGGCUGUCACUGCGUCUGUCACUGCGUCUGUCAGUCAGGGAGGUCUUGACCCGUCCGACACUUCAGGAAAGCGUACCGUCAAAGACCGCGACAUGUUGCCGUCGGCGGCGAGGACAGUGGUGUGUCUGUCCCUGUGUCUGUGUGUGUGUCAGGUCAGAGGCUCGCACAUCCCGUCCAAGAUGAACCGGACCCUCCAGAACCUGCUGCAGUACUAUGUGAGUACGAACACCGCGAGUACGGCGAGUACCACAGCCGCUGAUUCUAAAAUUCCACCUAAAGACAGAUUCUCCGGGAAACCCGUGUUCGCCAGAGAGCCGCUCUACAGCAGGAUGGAGAUAAAGCACUUGUUUAUGAGCAGCGUUUUGGAGACGUACGAGAAGCUGAUUGGUCAGAUGUUGAAGCAGCUGCCGACGCCGACUCCCCUGACCGCCACCGCCACGCCCGGGUCCCCGAGCAAGGGCGUGGAGGUGAGGGCGGAGCUGAACUACCUCUUACACAAGAUCCAGGACCUGAGGAAACACCGCUACCAGGAGCAGAGUGAACUGGUGCAGCGUCUGCAGAGCCUCGGACGCAUCCAGAUGGAUAACUUUGUCGUGCAGAGCAAAGCAUUGUGGGAGCUGCCGUGGCUCUACGAGCAGGCGAGCUCGCUGUCUAAUGAAGUCAAGAUGCAGAGGAGGAGGCGUCGGCGCCGGCGGCAAGCGCAGAGGGUCAAAGCUCCACCCAGAGUAUGAGACGUGAAGACAACGCCCACUAAAAAAUAACACAAAAAUGUUUUUUUUAAAGCACAUUUUUAACAAUGAAUUGACUGCAUAAUCAAACCUGUCAUUAUCUGGGAUAAUCUGGCAUUUAUGUAAUGUAACUCUGAUUUGUUUAAUUUAUUUAAUUUUAUUUAAUUUAUUUUUAUUUUGUUGUAUA